AUGUCUGUAAUCGCAAAAUUCUUUUCAACUCUCAAGGAAUCACGGAAAAUAGUCAGAGACUUGCUUAAUCUCCCGAAUCACAACAAUACUCAAGCAAAUAAAUUUACGAAAAAUGAUGUAGAAGCAUUUAGAGUGAAAAUUCAACCGGCAUCCGAAGACCAUGUUAUUCCUAACGAGGUAGUCAAAGAAAUUCCAGAAAAAUACGUUUGCCCCAGAAUAAACAGAGAUAUGCUCGAUAAAGCAGAGUUCAAAGUUCAAGAAAUUAGCGAUUUUUCGGAUAGAAAAGUCAGAACUUUCUUUUACAAACUACAUAACGUUACAAGAAACAUACCAGGAAUACCUGAAUCUAGGACUGACGAUUUAGUCUUUAAUUUACUUAAUAUUUCCGGGCUGGAUGACUGGCCUUUGAAUAUAUCGUGA